UUUGCGUCUUUGGCUACUAUUUGAAAGAUGGCUGCUGAGGCGCGUUCUGUGACUGAGAGAGACACUGCGGACGGAGAUGCCUCUUUUGGAGAUCUGACCACAAACAUGGAGACCGAGUCGUCCAGUGGAAAAGAGACUAUGGACACGGCUGGGGACAGUUCUGAAGCAGCGGACGCUCAGACGGGCUCUGGAGACGAUGAAAACGGCCGUCAGCUGGGUGAAGUGGAGCUGCAGUGUGCGCUGUGCAUGAAGUGGUUCACCGCAGACACCUUCAGCAUCGACACGGCAACUUGCCUGCCAUUCAUGACCAAUUAUGUGUUUCACUGCAACGUGUGUCACCACAGUGGAAACACUUACUUUCUGAGGAAACAAGCCAAUCUGAAGGAAAUGUGUCUCACUGCUUUGGCAAAUCUGACAUGGAGGUCCAGGACUCAAGAGGAGCAUCCUAAAACUAUGUUUUCUAAAGAUAAGGACAUCAUACCUUUCAUUGACAAAUACUGGGAGUGUAUGACGACCCGCCAGAGGCCCGGCAAACUGACUUGGCCAAAUAACAUCGUCAAGACCAUGAGCAAAGAGCGCGAUGUUUUCCUGGUGAAAGAACAUCCUGAUCCUGGCAGCAAAGACCCUGAAGAGGACUAUCCUAAGUUUGGUUUGCUUGAUCAGGAUCUGGGCAACAUCGGACCGUCGUAUGACAACCAGAAGCAGAUGACCACAGUCACAGGUGCUGGAGGAUUGAACGGUGGAUCAACCUUUUCAGGUGGGCUUCCUUCAGCUGCUACAGGAAAAGGCAGAGGAGCCAAACGCAAACAGCAGCAGCAACAGGAUGGUGCCGCCGCUGGAGCAGCCAAGAGAACACGCAGUGACCCGCUGUUCUCAGCUCAGCGUCUGCCGCCUCACGGUUAUCCUCUUGAACAUCCCUUCAACAAAGAUGGCUAUCGCUACAUCCUAGCAGAGCCGGAUCCUCAUGCUCCCGACCCUGAAAAACUGGAGCUGGACUGCUGGGCCGGGAAGCCCAUUCCUGGAGACCUGUACAGGGCAUGUCUAUAUGAGCGAGUCCUGCUGGCCCUGCAUGACAGAGCACCGCAGCUGAAGAUUUCUGAUGACCGGCUGACGGUGACUGGAGAGAAAGGCUACUCGAUGGUGCGAGCGUCUCACGGGGUCAGAAAGGGCUCGUGGUUUUUUGAGGUGACCGUGGAUGAGAUGCCUCAGGACACUGCGGCUCGACUGGGCUGGUCACAGCCUUUAGGAAAUCUGCAAGCUCCUCUGGGUUAUGAUAAGUUCAGCUACUCAUGGCGCAGUAAGAAAGGCACACGCUUCCAUCAGUCCAUGGGCAAGCAUUACUCUGAUGGCUACGGUCAGGGAGACAUCUUGGGCUUCUUCAUUGAGCUUCCAGACGAGACCGAAAUCGCCAAGGCCCUGCCAGAUACAUACAAGGACAAAGCACUGAUCAAAUUCAAAAGCUACUUGUACUUUGAAGAGAAAGAUUACGUGGACAAAGCUGAGAAGAACUUAAAGCCCACCAGUGUCAGCAGAAUGAUAUUUUUCAAAAACGGCGUGAAUCAAGGUGUGGCCUAUGAGGAUCUGUUUGAGGGCAUGUACUACCCCGCCAUAUCCCUCUACAAGAGCUGCACGGUCUCUGUCAAUUUUGGUCCCCACUUCAAAUACCCACCUAAAGACAUCAAGUUUCAGCCAAUGAGUGAUAUGGGCUGGGGUGCAGUCAUCGAACACACACUGGCUGAUAUGCUCUACCAUGUGGAGACUGAAGUGGACGGCCGACGGAGCCCACAAUAUGAAGGUUAAACACAAGCAUCCGAGAACACUGACUGUCUGAUAAACACUCGUCAAAUACAGACGCUUCCCUGCACCAUUCUCAAACACACACACACACACACACCAGUUCGGCUAUUAUUUUUAUUAACAGUGCUCCUCUCUCCAUGUACUGCUCUGUUUUUCUAUCAAAAAAGCCUCGUAUUUCACUUUUCUUUUAAUAAAACCUCAAACUGCACCCGACGGUGACGUUUGAUCGUUCAAUCCAGUAAAAAAGUAAAUAAAUGUACAAUUACUUGAGCUGUAGAGUAUGUUUCCAUUCGGUUAAUAGUUUCCUCAUACUGCAGAUUUACCUUUGUAUCCGUCAUACUAUUUUAUUUCCUUCAUGCAUUAUCCUGACCGGCAGAUUUCCUCUUAGCUGGUGUAAAGUGUGCGUGUGAUGUGGGAGUUUUCAGCUCUCAGACGUCACGCUUAUUAUCUGUUGUCUACUUGAUUAUGGGUUUGUAGUUAUUCGGAUAGAUGUAAAAUAUGAUCUUUUGUUUUUGUAAACCAUGUUUUCUACACAAACUUGUUUUAAUAAAGUGAAUCUAAAUGA